UCUCCGCAGCCAGUCACGGCCGCCAGCCAGUCUUCGGCGACAUCCUCCUUGCAGCCUCCGACCGCUCCCGCGGUCUCUCCCGGGCCUCCGCCGUCCGCCGUCCUUCCGGGUCGCCUGCGCACCUUCGGCUCCAGGAAGCGCGGCGCAAGCGCAGUGGCUGAGUUUCCCCGAGCACGUGGGUCGUGCAGUCCGGAGCGCGCGCGGAGGGGCAGGAGCCUGGUUCUUGCUGGUGUUGAUCGUGGGCGGCAGACUAGUAAAGGCCAUGGCACCGGCGGGAAUCCUGAACGGGAAGGUGAUCUCCGCGCAAAUAAGGGAGCGGCUGAAGAACCAGGUUACUCAGAUGAAGGAGCAAGUUCCUGGCUUCACCCCUGGCCUGGCAAUCCUACAGGUUGGCAACAGAGAUGACUCCAAUCUUUAUAUAAAUGUGAAGCUGAAGGCUGCUGAAGAGAUUGGGAUCAAAGCCACUCACAUUAAAUUACUGAGGACGUCCACAGAGUCUGAGGUGUUAAAAUACGUCAUCUCCCUGAAUGAAGACACCACUGUGCAUGGAUUCAUAGUGCAGCUACCUUUGGAUUCAGAGAACCCCAUCAGCACGGAAGCCAUCAUCGAUGCUAUCUCACCCGAGAAGGAUGUGGAUGGGUUGACUAGCAUCAGCGCUGGGAAACUUGCCAGAGGUGAUCUAAACAACUGCUUCAUUCCGUGCACGCCUAAGGGAUGCUUGGAGCUCAUCAAAGAGACAGGGGUGCAGAUUGCUGGAAAGCACGCCGUGGUGGUUGGGCGGAGUAAGAUCGUCGGUGCCCCCAUGCAUGACCUGCUUCUGUGGAAUAAUGCCACGGUGACCACCUGCCACUCCAAGACCGCACAUCUGGACAAAGAGGUCAACAAAGGAGACAUUCUGGUGGUUGCCGCGGGACAGCCCGAGUUGGUGAAAGGGGACUGGAUCAAGCCCGGGGCUGUGGUCAUAGACUGUGGGAUCAACUAUGUCCCAGACGAUACAAAACCAAAUGGAAAGAAAGUUGUGGGUGAUGUGGCGUAUGAUGAGGCCAAGGAGAGGGCAAGCUUUAUCACACCUGUUCCCGGUGGCGUGGGGCCCAUGACUGUGGCAAUGCUGAUGCAGAGCACAGUGGAGAGCGCGCAGCGUUUCCUGCGGAAAUUUAAGCCAGGAAAGUGGACGAUUCAGUAUAACAAGCUGAACCUGCAGACACCCGUCCCCAGUGACAUUGCUAUAUCUCGAUCUUACAAACCAAAACUCAUCGGGAAACUGGCCCGAGAAAUUGGGCUCCUCACAGAGGAGGUGGAACUGUACGGGGAAACGAAGGCCAAAGUCUUGCUGUCGGUACUAGAACGCCUGAAGUGCCAGCCUGACGGGAAAUACGUGGUCGUGACUGGAAUAACUCCAACGCCCCUGGGAGAAGGAAAAAGCACAACCACAAUCGGGCUGGUGCAAGCCCUCGGCGCCCACCUGCAUCAGAAUGUUUUUGCGUGUGUGAGACAGCCUUCUCAGGGGCCUACCUUUGGAAUAAAAGGUGGCGCUGCAGGAGGCGGCUAUUCGCAGGUCAUUCCUAUGGAAGAGUUUAAUCUCCACCUCACUGGGGACAUCCACGCCAUCACUGCAGCCAACAACCUUGUGGCUGCGGCCAUCGAUGCUCGGAUGUUUCAUGAGCAGACCCAGACAGACAAGGCUCUCUUUAAUCGUUUGGUACCCUCAGUAAAUGGAAUAAGAAUGUUCUCCGACAUCCAAAUCCGGAGGUUACGGAGGCUAGGCAUUGAAAAGACUGACCCUACCACACUGACGGACGAUGAGAUAAACAGAUUUGCCAGACUGGAUAUUGAUCCAGAAACCAUAACGUGGCAGAGAGUGCUGGACACCAAUGAUAGAUUCCUGAGGAAGAUUACAAUUGGGCAGUCUCCAACAGAGAAAGGCCACGCGCGCACGGCCCAGUUUGAUAUCUCUGUAGCCAGUGAAAUCAUGGCAGUCCUGGCCCUCACCAGUUCUCUGGAAGACAUGAGAGAAAGACUGGGCAAAAUGGUGGUGGCGUCCAGUAAGAAAGGAGAGCCUAUCAGUUGUGAAGACCUGGGUGUGAGCGGAGCGCUGACGGUGCUGAUGAAGGACGCAAUCAAGCCCAAUCUCAUGCAGACCCUAGAGGGCACGCCAGUGUUUGUCCAUGCUGGUCCUUUUGCCAACAUCGCACACGGGAAUUCCUCCAUCAUCGCAGACCGGAUUGCGCUCAAGCUUGUUGGCCCUGAGGGCUUUGUAGUGACCGAAGCAGGAUUCGGGGCAGACAUCGGAAUGGAAAAGUUCUUCAACAUCAAGUGCCGUUAUUCCGGUCUCCAGCCGCAUGUGGUGGUUCUCGUUGCCACUGUCAGGGCCCUUAAGAUGCACGGGGGCGGCCCCACGGUCACUGCUGGACUGCCUCUUCCCAAGGCUUACAUAGAAGAGGACCUGGACCUGGUUGAAAAGGGCUUCAGUAACUUGAAGAAACAAAUAGAAAAUGCUAGAAUGUUUGGAGUGCCUGUGGUCGUGGCCAUUAACGCAUUCAAGACAGAUACAGACGCCGAGCUGGACCUCAUCAGCCGCCUCUCCAGAGAACAUGGAGCUUUCGAUGCUGUCAAGUGCACGCACUGGGCGGAAGGGGGCCGGGGAGCCUUGGGCCUGGCCCAGGCGGUCCAGAGAGCCUCACAGGCCCCCAGCAGCUUCCGGCUCCUCUAUGACCUCGAGCUCCCAAUUGAGGAUAAAAUCAGGAUAAUUGCGCAGAAGAUCUACGGGGCAGAUGACAUCGAAUUGCUCCCGGAAGCACAGAAAAAAGCAGAAAUCUACACAAAGCAGGGCUUUGGAAAUCUACCCAUCUGCAUGGCCAAAACGCACUUGUCCUUGUCUCACAACCCAGAGCAAAAAGGUGUGCCUACUGGUUUCAUCCUGCCCAUCCGGGACAUCCGUGCCAGUGUUGGGGCUGGUUUUCUAUACCCUUUAGUGGGAACGAUGAGCACCAUGCCUGGACUCCCUACCCGGCCCUGUUUUUAUGAUAUUGAUUUGGACCCUAAAACCGAACAGGUGAACGGGUUGUUUUGAACAGGUGGUCCAUCUCCAAGAGGCUACUUUCUGUCUGGCCACUGUCUGUUCAGGCACUGAGGAAGUGUGCAGGAAGUCUGCCCCUGCCCUGAAGAGCUUCAGAAAUAGUGGGAGUUUCCCUGAAGCCUCUCACAGCCUUAAAUCCCAUCAUGUAUAAAUUAACAUAAAUCAUGUCUAUUUACUUAAUGAAAGUCCACAGAAUAAAUAAUUUUGCUACCUUGG